CCGCCCCCCUCGACACAGAAAGGGCGAGCCACCAACGCCAUUCAAUUCGAAACCCUCUCUUAUCCCUCCCUCUUUCCGUACAAAGAUGAAGGGGUCCCUCAAGUGCCGGUACGACGUCGAGAAGAACGGCGCCGCCGCAACCCUCGGCGUCAGCGCCGGCGACGUCAAGCUCAGGGCCUCCCUGACCGACGCCACCAUAGUCAACGGCCCCAGCCUGAACGGCCUGGCCCUCGCCGUCGAGAAGCCCGGCUCCUUCAUCAUCGAUUACAACGUCCCCAAGAAUGAUUAUCGGUUUCAGUUUAUGAAUACAGUCAAGGUCGUGAACAAGCCACUGAACCUGACAUACAUUCAUGGGAAAGGCGACAACCUUACGAUUGUAGAGGGGUCCUUUGUGUUCGACCCUGCCAACAAGGUUUCAGCCAAUUACAUUCUCGGUUCCAGUAAUUGCAAGUUGAAGUAUACGUAUGUGCACAGAGCGCGGACAACAUUUGAGCCGAGCUAUGAUACGGGAAGGAGUUCAUGGGACUUUGCUAUGUCUCAAAAGGUUUUCGAUGAUGAUGUGCUCAAGGCGACGUAUCAGCCCUUGACCAAGGCCUUGGGGCUGGAGUGGUCGAGAAAUUCAAAGUUGAAUGGUUGCUUUAAGAUCUCGGCUUCCUUGAACUUAGAAGAAGAGCUGAAGAUGCCAAAAUUGAUCGCGGAGACAACAUGGAACUUGGACUUGUGAUCUGCCCAGUAAUUGUUGUAGCAUCAUGUUGUCUUUAGCCAGUUGUAAGAUCUGAUAUUCUAUGCGCAUACAUAUUUAGGGAAAGAUCCUCAUCGACUAAAUGAUUCUUACACAGCUCUCUCCUAUAUCUUGAGAAUCUCUUCUGCUA